AUGUGGAAUAUAGUCCGCACCAUCGCCACAGGGCUAGCGUACACUACCCUCGUGGCAGCUGUGAUGAAAAAACCCCAUGAAAAGACACCGCCCCAUGAAGACCAUGAAGCCUCCCCUGAAGAUCGUGGUAUCAUUCCUGGGAAGUGGAUUGUCACGUUCAAGGACAAUGUUCCCGACCACGUCUUCACCCGCUUUCAGCAGCAUAUCCACAAGCGCUCAGAGGACGGCACUUUCAAGGUCAACCAUGUCUACGACAUGGCUGCCGGCGCCUUCAGAGGUCUCUCGCUCGAUGGCCCAGCCGACGCCGUCGAGGCCAUGGGCGAACAUGAGUGGGUCAAGAGGGUCGAACCUGACAGAUGGAUUCAUCUCGCCGAAGACAGAACUAACGGCAAAGAAACCGAGUCAUUCGAACCUGGCGACGAGAAGCAACCGGGCAACGCCUACUGGAAUCUGGAUAUGAUCUCGCAUCCCAAGCGCCUCAAAGAGGCCAGUAACCCGGAGUACACGUGCACAGGAAGCUGCGGCGCCGGCAUCGAUAUCUACAUCAUCGAUACUGGCAUAAACAACCAUACCGAGUUCGAGGGACGCUUGACACAUGAAUACAGUGCCUGCGCUCUUGAGGGAGAUAGAGGAUAUGGUGCUGGAGACAGCGAAGGGCACGGAACGCAUGUCGCUGCUAUCGCCGCCGGCGCCACCCGCGGUGUGGCCAGAAAGGCCAAUAUCAUAUCUAUCCGGGCGUUCUGCUCUUAUAGCUCCCCAGCGUCCAACACCGUCAAGGCUAUCGAGUGGGCAGUAAACUCUAUGACGCUCAAAAGAGCGCAGAACCGCACCGUGAUCAACCUUUCAGCGGGCGGGUGGAGACUCAACGACCGAGAUGCCUCUAUGGACGCCGUCAAGAAGGCCGUGGAGCUGGGCGCAUUCUUCUCCCUCGCCGCCGGCAACGACAACCACAACGUGAGCGGGUACUCGCCGGCGGCAGAGCCAUCGGCGUGCACUGUCGGCGGUGUGGACCGGAAUUCCGACCUGUGGGCAAGGACGAACUGGGGCAACGGAAUAGACAUCCUGGCACCGGCCACGGACAUCAGCUCCGCAGACUUUGGCGCCACCGCGAGGUUCGUCAAGAAGUCGGGCACGUCGAUGGCGUCACCGCACGUCGCCGGCGCCGCGGCUGUCCUCCUAUCGACCUACAAGUGGGACAGUAGUGUCGUCUGCGACAGGCUCCGCUUGUCCCCCAACGAGGUGGCGCACGAUAUCGGGACGAACACCACCAGGAAGAUCUUGUAUACCUUCACGGAUGGUGAGCCGAAGUUCGACAAUGGGACAGUUCGUUUCCGGCCGACCUCGAAGACUCGUGGAACUAGAAGCAUCCGCCGCUCCCUUCCGUGGUAUGAGGUUUGAGCCAAACAUGGCUCCACGCGGAUCGCCAGAUGCAACUUGGCAGGUCUAUAAGUUGACCGUGCUCGCAUAGAUACAAUAUAGUUAAUGGACUGUGACACUAGGAGAAUUCUGGGAGAAUAUGUGACGCUAGGGAGC